UUUCUAUAUUUUAAUUAAGGUGGCAACACCUUGAACUGUCCUCUCACUUUAAUGUUGUUUUCAUAGCAUCAAAAAAUUACUUAUGAUUUCUAAUGAUUUGCCGGGAGUAAACAAACCAAAUGAGAUCCGAGAAUAAAAUAAGAUGUAGCUAACGCUCUAAUAAACUGCUUAUCUUGUUAAGUGAUUAACAACUUUUGUGGAAGUCCUUCAAACAAAAUUUAUGAGGCCACAAAAGAAAAUGAAUUCCUAUGUUAGAUCGAAAGAGAAGUACUGCUUUGAAAAACAAAGGGCAUAAUUUUUAUUCUUUUUCUUCACCUGGAAAGUUUAUAACAGUUACAAUGCCUGAAAAAGAAGAAACUUACAUAACUGUCACUGAUAAUGUUGUCUGUGCAUCAGAUUAUCAGAGUCUAGCUCUGAGGGAAAGUUUGCAUGCUGAGUUGAAGAAAGGAAUGCCUUUAACUAACCAUAUGGAAGAAAAUUCUGUUCCUUCCUGUCAUACUGCAUUUCCUGUAGAUUUGAAAGAAGUGUUUGAACUAACUAAUCCCAAUGCUGAAAUUCAUCAAGCUAUUUUACGCCCUAAUGAUGAAAUAAAUCCAGUUGCUCUUCAAUAUACUCAUUCUUCACAAAUUUUACAUUCACCAAAAGAAACACAAGACGAUGAUUCGGAUAAUCAAGUUGCAUGGAGACAUGUUCUGAGAGAUCAAAAUAGUCAUUCCACAGAUUUAAAUAAUCACUCACCUGAAGAGAAUCAAAACUGGGAAGCAGUCAUAGAUGAACCCCAAAAUCUCAGUGACAGCGUUAACACUGAGAAUGAUAUUUUACAUGGCACGAAGCCAACUCAGAUCAGUGUUAUUAAUAACCAAGAAUCGUGGACACAUGUGAUUAAACAAACUGGUGACGUUGGUAAACAACAUAUUCAUCCUUCCAAUAAAGAUCAACCUCAGAUGCUGUCAUCAAAUGACCAUGGCUCUUGGAAUCAUGUUUUAGAGGAGAUGCCCAAUGCACAAGAGAUGUCUCAUGCUGCCCAAAUUAUUCACUCUCACCCAGAAUCAGCUCAAAUAAUAAAUGCACAUAAGCAGUGGACUCAUGUACUUAAUAAUCCAAACAAUCAUCAGGAUGUUACCAAUGUUCCACCAAUUGAUUUGUCUGGGGACUGUUCAAAAUUAACUUCUCUGGAACCUGAAAGAAGAGAUGUUUCUUGCCAAGUUGAUGACAUUUCCUGUCAUGGAUCACCUGAUUCUCAUUCUCUCUCUGAUACUGAUGCACAAAAAGUGAAUUGCAAUGAAUCUUUGAAUAAACAUAUUGCAGAGAGUCCUGAUGAAAUACCUCAGAGCAUGAUAAAUUUAUCCAUUGCUACUGAAGUUCCUAGUUCUUCUUCUCAAGUAGUUGUGCAUAAUGGCAUAAAACCUGAAAUGUAUACACAAGAAAGGCAUCUUGUUGUGCAAGCUGGGACAAAGGCCCUUGUAACUACAAAAACUGCUAGCACUUAUCCAUGCAAUCACUGUGGAAAAGUGUUUGGUGACAGCCGAAGUUUGCAAAGGCACAUGUUAAUACAUAUAGGUUUAAGACCUUAUCGUUGCCCUGUUUGCGGGAAAGCUUUUAUGUUGAAUGGUGAUCUCACUCGGCAUAUUAGAAUACAUAGUGGUGAGCGACCAUACGCAUGUGAUGUUUGCGGACGUAGAUUUACAUUAAAAGGAAAUUUAAUGCAACACUUUCGCACGCACACACCUGAAAAACAAUAUGCUUGUACUAUUUGUGAGAAAAACUAUGCUCAGAAGGAUAGCCUUCACCGUCACAUUAGGGCUCAUUUUGGUGAAAAGCCAUUUGAAUGUACUACAUGUGGUAAAAGAUUUACGUUAAAGGGAGAUUUAAGUCGUCAUAUACUUAUUCAUUCAGGUGUUAAACCGCACUCGUGUAAAUUUUGUGGGAGGCAGUUUGCUUUAAAAGGAAAUUUAACUCAACAUGUUAGGACUCACGUGAGGACACAAACUAAAAACAGUGAAACAGCUGGGACAACCUUUCCCAAAAACCAAGAGGAGCCUCAACUGAUAUGUGAUUUAAGUUACUCACAUGUCCAAAAGACUUUUACUUCUGUGCCAAACAGUGCCUCAAACAUAAAAUUACCUCAUAUAGUCACUUCGAAUCAGAAUUCUAAUAUUGUCAAUGCUCAUCCUUAUGUUCAAACUUCAUCACCAUCUGAAAAUAAUCAUCAGUCACCUUCUGUUGGUCUGUCAUUUUGUUCUGAAUGUUCUAAGACAUUUCCAUCUCCUGAAAGUCUUCAUGAACAUGUUCAGCUGAUACAUGAACAAUCCACUCGCUUGGCAUCUAACCGAUAUUUGUGCAAUAUAUGUCAGAAGGUCUUCUGUCUGAAAGGUGACUUGACACGUCAUUUGAACAGUCAUAAUGGCGUAAAACCAUACGAGUGUGAACAUUGCAAUAAAUCAUUCACUUUAAAAAGUAAUUUACGGCAACAUUUAACUACGCAUCAGGUAGACAAAUCUUUUGCCUGCCCAAUGUGUUCAAAAUCUUUUGGCAAUAGACGAAAUUUAAAUUUGCAUCUCCGAAGGCACGAGCAGGCUCGUGCGAAUUUUACUUGUACAAAAUGUGGGCGUUCCUUUUUAGCUAAGUCUGAUCACUUUUUUCAUGAUUGUGUAAAAAAUGAAACUUCUUCUUCAUCUCUUGAAAGUUCCCAAACUCCCUUAUCAGCUAAUGCUGUGAUUAAUAACAACACACCACCUGCAUCUCCAGAAGAACCCGAUUGUUCUACACCAGUGACUAUUCAAAAUAGUACAGAACAUUCCAACCAAUCUGUUCCACUUGCCGUGCUAUCAGUGAAACGGGAAGCUUGCCAACUGCCGUGUGAGGACCGAGAACUAGAUCAGUUGGAGUGCAGCUCUCCUGGUUUUACUGCUGUUAAUGGUGCACAGUCAUUUUUAGGACCAUUUUAUCGUCAUUUGUAUUUCUCUACCUCACAUCAGACUAUGAUUCCAACGUUGAAAAAUUUGCUGCAUGCAUCAACUGCUGAUAAUAUGAAUGAUUUUAAUAGGUCGGCUAAAAGUAGUUAGUAAAUAAUAUUAGUAAAAAAGAUAUUGUUGGUAUUGUCUUAAUAUGCAGUCUGCCUUACUUAACUGCAUAGUUGUUUUACACAGUUGAUAGGUUUGUGGAUCAAUAGGGGGCACCAUUUGAAUUCCAAUCUAUUUUUUCUGAACUAAUUGUUUUUAUAUUGGUUUAUUAAUGUUAUUAAAAGAUACAUAGAUACAUUGUCUUCAAUUUAUCAAAGACAACUUAUUUUACUAUUUAAUUUUAUACUUAUUAAUUAUACUUGUUUGAAUUUAUUGUAUGUUUGUUUAUUGUAUACUAACAAUAAAGUUUAUUGUGUGCUGACAAUAAACUUAUAAAAUCAUUAUUUAGUUUUAAAUAUUAUCAUAAUCAGAGUGCACCAAUUGCUAAGUUAUGUUGAGAGAGAAAAAACUAUAUUGUAUCAAUUGCUAGAAAUAAUUUUUAUAAAAAGUUUAGUGGCCCCAAAAAUCUAUCCAUAAAGUAACUAUGCAGUUAAGCUUGGUAGAUUGCAUACUGGAAUCUUACCAUAUUGUUUUUAUGACUUAUAGUUAGGGCAGGUAAUCUAGCAUUUUUUCUUUGAAAAUAAUAAAAUUUAUCAUAUUUAUUUAUUGUAGUUGAGAAACUGAAUACCUGUACAAUUGCAAAGUGAGUACUAUAGAAUUGUUUGUUAUGUCAUCUUCUAAAUGUAUAAUGUGAUACGAUGUUACGAUGCAAUAAUGUUUCCUGAAUACCCCCUUUUCCAAUCUUAUGAUAAAAGAAUUUAUUUUUCGAUAUAAUAAACAACCUCAAACUAAAUGCUAACAAAUUUCAAUCUAAAAUAUAACCUUUUUUUAAUUGUGUUUUAAAAUGGCUUUAUAAUUUGGAAGAGGUUUGGAGAGUUAGAAGCAAAAAAAAAAAAAAAAAAUCUUGAAAUUGGAUUUUAGUAGUUCACAUAAUCUAUACAAGUAAUAAUUUCAAAAUAAAGUUAGGAUCUUUUAAAAAAUUUUAUUUUUAAGUUUUGCUACAACUAAAUCAUUAAUAUCAUCAAUACAUAACCUGAUCUCAAGUUUCUAUGUAAUUUUUUCCAUUAGGCACCUUUUUAUGACUGAAAAAUAUAAAAAAUUUGUUUUUAUAAAACAAGCACAGUAUCUAAUUAAUAGUUUUCAAUCAUGAAUUUGAUUAAAAUAGUGGGUGUUUAUAAAUAACUUAGUUGACACAUGACCUCUUACAGGAAAAAUUGAAGAAAUUUUUUUUGAAAUGUAUUAUCUUGUUACUGCCGUAGGUCAUUAUGGCACUGGGUGUGUGAUUGUUCUUGUUUUCCGAAGACGCCAUCUACGACCAAUAAUUCGACUUUUGCCACACCCGUUUAUAGGCCAGACCCAUUCACACAUCCGCAGAUCGUAAGUUUGAUCUGAACCAGAGAGCGAUCAAUCCAGUAUGCUUCGGAAACAUUGAUGACUUUAUGACCUUACAGAUUUAACGUGCACCUGUCACCAUUUACUACGUGGGGAGUUUUGGGCUGGCUAGAUUUGAACUCCCGUUCUCAGGAACGUGAGUCCAGCACUCUUCCAACCAGGCUAUCCCAGCGCUGUAAAUGUUUUAAAAGACAUGCAUGUAAAAUAGGAUGAUAAGCAAUUAUCUAGCUCUUACAACUCUUAACAUUUUCAAAGGGCAGCAUCUUCUUUUUCUUCUAUCGAAACAUGAUCAUCACAAUAAAAAAUUUAAAUUGCAGUUAGAAUAAUAUUUGCAUAAUGAAUGGAGAAACUAUGCAGAGAUGAAUAAAAGAGUAUUUUACAGUUGAACUUGCUUAUAACGAGCACAAUGGACGAGUAAUAUCUGCUUGUGUUCAUUUACAACCAAGUGCUCAAUAAAAAUGUGUUAGUGAAAAAUUCUUAAAAUUCAUACAGUACAAAUGAAGUUAAUUUGCUUUGACGAAUCUUGAUUUCUCUUUGUUGUAUUAUUGUUUUUUGGAUAACACUCGUGACCCGAAAACAUCAAAAAGAAAUUUUUCCAAGAAGAUAGUAGCCGAGCUGAAAUUUAGUAUAAAUUUUAUGAAUCGCAACAUAUUUCUAGCUAAAACCGGGGAUUGCUCUUUAAAAGUUAGCUGUCCUCCAAAGACUUAUCAUUAUAGCAACCAAAUAUUCCUGUAGUUUUCUUUAAAUCAGGGCUCGUUAUGCGCAAGUUUGGCUGUAUUAAAUCUUUGAUCUACUCUACUGCGUGUGCUUUUAUGGCAAAAAUAAAAGAAGGAACUGUGAUUUGAGUGGUACGUCUUGUUUUCUUGCAUUUUUCUUUGUCUCUAUCUAACUUGCCAGUAUUGUAUUUGGAUUAAUAAUGUUCUAACUUGAGUUCAAGUUUUUAACAGUUAACACAAUAUUUCAAUGAAAAAAAUAGAUAUUGCCCUCACUAAAAUUUCAGUCACUAUAGCCAUAAUUGUAAAAGCUGGUAAUCAUUUUUAAGAUUCCUUCUUCUCAUAUCUUAUGCUACUUUCAUACAAAGUUAUAUUUGUUUCUCUUCAAGGGUUAUGCUCUCUAAAGGAUCAUAUGUCAUCAAGGUUAUUUUAUAAUAACUUAUUACAUACUAUGAUUUUUUUUUCUUCAAAUUCCAGUCACUAGUUUCUUUGCUUAUUUGUUUAUUUAACUCCCCCCCCCCAUAAACACAUUUUUUUAUUUAUUAAAUAUAUAUAUAUGAUUAUAUGUAUUAUUAAUUACAUUUUAUAAAAGGCAAAGUAGAUAAGGCAAGUGUCAUUUAUCAAUCAAGUUGACAUUUUAUGUACAAAAUCAAAUUUUUUUUCUAACUUUUACAUCCUUAAGGAUCAUUAAAAUAGUUUUCGAAAUGCAAAUUUUCUUAAGUACCUAAAGCCGUAUGAAAAUGCUUUUGAUGACUUCAAAUUUAACUAACACUUCUUAAAACUGAGACUUUGAAAAAGGUAUGUUCAUAUUAUAUCUGAUUCCAUUGUGAAUAAUUUAUAAACUAGUUAUCAUUUUCAAAAAUGUGUUCUUAGUACCAUCUUUCCAUGACCAAAUCUAUUUAUUUGAAGUAGGAUUUUCUUUAUUAAAUUACAAUUAAGAACACUUGUAAACAUUUCUGUUAAUUGUUUAUUCUAAGAUAAAUGAUGCUGAUUUUUAGUAAGUUAACGAUUAUAUGAUUCUCUUGUUAUGAAAUAAGUCAUUUACAAAUUAUUAUUUAUAUUUUGUUGUAUGUUGUUAUUUUCAAAUAUAUUUUGAAUGUCUUCAUUCAUUAGUCGUUUCCAUACUCUUAAUUUAUUAAAUAAUUGUUGGCUUGAACAAUUUCAAAGCAUGCCUAAAAGAUUACUAAAAAUUGAUUACUAAUUGUUUUCAUGAGUUUGAACGCUUUUUAUGCAUGCAUUUAAA